CGCCGAAGACACUAAAGCUGCGUCAUUCCUUCUAGCUAGGUCUGACAUAUGUUUGGAUAAAAAUAUGAAUAUACUGUUUGGAAGGUGCCAUGUCAUCAGGCGGCUAAUAUCAUAUGUUGAAAGUUAUUUCGAGUUUGAACAAUUGCACUUUUGAUGUGGGAUGCGUUUAAAUAUCUAUGCAGUUUUAUCUAUGCAACCACAGUGUCGUUGCUGUUAUUCGUCAGUUGAUGCCAAAUUUGUUCUGUACCUUGGAUUUGUCCCAUUGCAGCUGCUUCCAACGAGCAAAAAUUUUGCCAUAGUACAAGCCGAGAGCCUCCAAUGCCUUUAACAAAUUAUCCAACAUGGUGAAAGCUUUUCUGGAGAUAAUUCGUUGGAGCGGUAUUUUAGUGGUUUGCACUGCCAGUUCGAAAUCAAGCGGGCCAAAUGGGCUGGCCGCGUUGCCUAAUUUCAAGAUUGAAAUGUACGUCAUUGUUGACAAAGCACUCACCAACCACCUCAGCAAUGACCACGCAGCAGUCGAGAAUUAUGUAAAAAAGAUUAUAACGGAGGUAAACAAGAUCCUGGCGUAUCUUGAACCUCCUGGCUCUAUCAGUUUAACAGGAAUUAAGACUUAUUACUGGGGAGAAGAAGUUUAUUUUGCUACGACAACUGAAGGAGCCGUAUUGGGAGACGAAACAUUGAAGAAGCUUUUGUUGUACGCACGACCACGUACGAUAAUUUGGACGGCCGAUUUGUUGAUGCUUUUGACAAGACGAGAAUUGGUUCUUCGACAAGAAACGGUGACUUCUAUAAAUGGGAUCGCUAUAGUGGCCGGAGCCUGCAGCAUUCACAAAUUGAUGGUUGUUUCGGAUGUAAAAGGACUAUAUACUACUUAUCUCACCACAGCCCAUGAAAUUGGACACUUGCUUGGAUCACAUCAUGACGGUGACAAAACAUCAAAGGCCUGCCAAGAUAAUAAUUAUAUAAUGGCCACCGAUAUGGCAUACGCGAAGCCUUUCUACUCUUACUGUACCAAAGCUGCUAUUAAUGAAUUUUUGCGCACCCCCAAGGCUAAGUGCUUGUUCCAAGAGGACUACGUACCAGCCAUAACGACCGAUCCAAAACGUGAAGAAGAAAGAGCUGCAAAUUGUAACAAGUACUUGUCUGUGGGCGAGAAACUCCUGGGUACUGAGACGUACGGAUGGUGCUCGUUUUCUUGCUACAGUGACCAGUCGUCUUCAUUUGUCCUUGAUGAAAAGGAUGGUACACCCUGCUACGAAAAAGAUCCCUCAAAGAAGUGCCGGAACGGGACUUGCGCGAAAGAGGUACUGCCACCAACUGAAACAAAUCAGAAGGAAAAAGAUCAGAAGGAAGAAGUUUGCGGAAGGAGACAGGAGAAGUGUAGGAUCGUCGAGCGGGUCCAGAGGAGCAAGGUCGAGCGUCAGGACUAUUCAGUGGGCACGCUGAAGGGAGGCCGAGAUUGGAAGUUUGAAUGA